AUUGGCGCUCUUCGCGAGCACCCUGGGAAUGAGACUUUGGGUCACGGGUGCUAGAGCCCUCCCCUCUCCUCCCGGCCGGUGUGUGGGAAAUUGUUCCCGCAGAAAGUAAAGGCUGGCCAGACCGCCCCCAGCACGUAGAGGGAAUGAGUCAGGCUCCGGCUCCACGCCGGCAUGUAGGGGGCGGAUCGCGCCGGCGCUGAGUAGGAAGGAGCUUCAGCCGCCAGCCCGGAACGCAUCAUAGGUUAGCUUUUCAAGCUUCCUAUGACUUCCUGCAUCUCUGACCUGUUGCACCUUUGUUAUCUUGGCACCUCUGUUAUCUUAGCAGCAAGCACCUGCUUCAGCUGACCCUUGAGUCAUAACCCAUAAGCUCCUGAAAAGUACAUCAAGUCUGAAGUGAACCAGCUAAACUCAUCAAGACUGGAACCAUGAGCAAUAAUGAAGCAGACCUAACCUUUGGUUACAUCUCCUGUUUUGUAGCUAUCCUUUUGUUUGGCUCAAAUUUUGUGCCACUUAAAAAAUUUGAUACUGGUGAUGGAAUGUUUCUCCAGUGGGUCCUUUGUGCUGCCAUAUGGUUGGUUGCCUUGGUGGUCAAUCUGAUAUUACAUUGCCCAAAGUUUUGGCCUUUUGCAAUGCUUGGAGGCUGCAUUUGGGCAACAGGGAACAUUGCUGUUGUCCCAAUUAUCAAAACCAUUGGAUUAGGCCUUGGAAUCUUAAUCUGGGGAUCAUUUAAUGCCUUAACUGGCUGGGCAAGCUCAAGGUUUGGCUGGUUUGGACUGGAUGCAGAAGAAGUACCAAAUCCGCUGCUCAAUUACGUUGGAGCCGGGCUCUCAGUAGUAAGUGCUUUCAUAUUUUUGUUCAUCAAAAGUGAAAUACCAAAUAACACGUGUUCCGUGGAUACCACUCCAUUAAUAACAGAGCCUGUGAUCAACAAAACUCAAGACCCCUGUUCCUGGGUGGAUAAACUUUCUACAGUACACCACCGCAUAGUGGGCUGCAGUCUUGCAGUGAUAUCUGGCGUACUCUAUGGAUCUACAUUUGUGCCAAUCAUCUAUAUCAAGGACCACAGCAAAAGAAAUGAUAGUAUAUAUGCAGGGGCAAGCCAAUAUGAUUUAGACUAUGUUUUUGCACACUUCAGUGGCAUCUUUCUUACAAGUACUGUCUACUUUCUGGCCUACUGCAUAGCCAUGAAAAAUAGUCCUAAACUAUAUCCUGAAGCAGUCCUACCAGGAUUCCUGUCAGGAGUACUUUGGGCAAUAGCUACCUGCUGUUGGUUCAUAGCAAAUCACUCUCUGAGUGCUGUGGUCAGUUUUCCAAUAAUCACUGCUGGUCCAGGAUUUAUAGCUGCAAUGUGGGGCGUCUUCAUGUUUAAGGAAAUAAAGGGUCUACAAAACUACCUAUUAAUGAUUCUUGCAUUUUGCAUCAUCUUGACUGGAGCCUUAUGCACUGCUUUUUCUAAAAUCUAACAAUGACAAGACCAGCAGAUGGCAGCAGUGGUUAAGCGAAUCUGUCUAUGGGACAGCAGAGAGAUUAUGCUGAGAGAAGAGUGCAUUUUCAUACAGCAAAUGGAUCUCAGCCACUGUUGGAGUGGGUAAAUGAUUUUUUUCCCCAAAAAUGUGAGAAUGAAUGAAGACUGAGUUUCAUUCAAGUAUAAAAAUGGAAAUUUCUUCUGAUGAACUGUUUAUGAAGGUAGUACUUUACUGGGUGACUAAAAUGUCUACAUUAUUAUAGCAUUACAUGUGAGGAUGCUCAUUUUACCACAAUAUGUAUCUCGUGUUGCAUAAUCUAGAACACAGUAUAGAGUCCAUAUGCAAAGAAGUUACAGUCUAAAUUUCUCACCUAUUAUCCCAGUGAAGUGAGGCAGAAAUAUCUUGGGCAAGGAGGGAGAGCCUUACCUUCUGAUAGAAUUAGAUUCCAUAGAUAUUUGGAUCCUUUGUUUCAUAAAGUAAAUGCAUAGUUGGUAACUAAAUGUUAAAAAGGCCAUUUUAUUAUUUUUACCCAAAACUUACAUUUAUUUCAAGUUAAUAUUUCCCAAUUCUACAUCAUCUACCCAUUUUAGCUCAUAAUGCUUUUGAUUAUCGCCAGAUAAAAUCCAUUCUCAGAGAACAAAAAUUUUUCAUCAUUGAGAAUAUGUGCAUAACAUAAUACAUACAAACACAAGUAUAUGCACGUACAUAAAUACACACAGAUAUGUUGCUAAAAUGAGAUUCUAGGUUGUUAGUAACAGUUUAAAGGAACCAACCACUCUUUUGAAUGUACAAUUAUUUUUUUUCUGAAAUACACUUUUCUAAAACCCUCUUAACUGGAGGUUUUCCUGUUUUCUUCUUGUUUUAACUGGUGGUUUCCAGUAGGCAAAAUAAAACGACAGGCAUGCUAGUAUUCUUUGUUUGUUUGUUUGUUUUUUAAGAAAACUGCAAUUAAGCCAGACAGGGUGGCACACGCCUAUAAUCCCAGCUAUUGGGGAGGCUGAAGCAGGAGGGUCACUUAGCCCAAGAGUGCAAAUCUGCCAGCCUGGGCAACAUAGCAAGGUCCCAUCUCUGAAAAAUAAAUUUAAUUUAAAUUUGUAAGAAAAAAGAAAACUGAAACAGAACUGCUAGUACAAUGUUUGCUGCAAUUAUUUCCAAAACUUUGAAAUAACAUAACCCCUAUUCAAAUGUAAAUUUUACCCAUUCCCACCUGAUAGUGCUGUUUAUUACUUUGCUAUGCAGGAGAAACAAAACAGCAUUCUAUUUGUGUGUAUACCCUGCAGUCAAUGUGCAUGGGUUAAAUCCCACCUCUGCUUCAUUUCAUUUGUGUGACUUUGGACAAGUUCCUAAGCCCUCUGUGUCAGGCCCCUCAUUUACAAAAUCCAGUUUAUGAUGGCAUCUACCUCACAUGGUUAUUGUGUUGUUAAAGUUAGUUAAAAUCUGUAAAGUACGUUGAUGAGUAUCUGAUACUUCCAAACACUAUGUAAUUGUUAGCUUUUAUUAUGUGUUGUUUGAAGGGGGGGAAAUGUUUUCGUAGAUUGUAGAAUACCACUUAAGAGCAACUGAGCUCACCACCUUCCCAUCCAAACAAUUAUUACUCCUCUAAAUGAAUACUACUUAAAAGCGAUGGAGCUUAUGUUUGUUUAUUGAAUUGCUAAUACAAAUAAAUAUUUGAUUAUAACUUCUUAUGCUCAUUUCAAUUUUAACAUGAAAUGUCAUUAAAUUAUGCUGAUAAACUGAAUAAAUUGUGAUACAAAAGCUA